AUAUGAUAAAUGUAGCAUUACUUUUAUCCAAUCUUAUAGUGUGCACCACACGUGUAGAUAGUUCCAUAGAAAUCAAGUCAACAUCAAUAUGCGUCAGCAAUUACAUCACUUAAUAUAUUUUAAUAAAUUUAAGUUUUAGUUAUAAAAAAAUUUUCACUUUUCAAAAAAACCAAAACUUUUUCAAAAAAAACAAAAAAACCUCUCAACUUUCAAAUAAAAAAAAAUGCAAAGUCUCCCUAAUAUUUUCAUGCUCUCAACGCUUCUUUAUGUAGUCCUUAACUUUAUUGUUAAGCUUUCAUUUCAUUUCAUUUGUGUUUUGUCUCAUUACUCGCUAGUCAGUUUCUCACCAUGGAAACCUGGUUCCUUAUCCUCGCCGCACUCUGCAUCUCUUUUCUCCUCAAACCCCUUCUCAGUCUCUUCAUCCCCUCCAUUUCCAAACCCACCGAUCAACCCAAACUCCCUCCUGGGCCCACCCCCAUCCCGGUCAUCGGCCGGUUGUUAUGGCUCCGAAGAUCCUUCUCCGAAAUCGAGCCCAUCCUCCGAAACCUCAGGGCCCAAUACGGGCCCAUCAUCACUCUCCGCAUCGGCUCCCGCCCCGCCGUCUUCAUCGCCAACCGCUCCCUCGCCCACCAGGCCCUCAUCCAGAACGGCGCUGUCUUCGCCGACCGCCCGCCCGCUUUACCCACCAACAAGAUCGUCAGCAGCAACCAACACAACAUCAGCUCCGCCGUCUACGGCCCCACGUGGCGCCUUCUCCGCCGCAACCUCACCUCCGAGAUCCUCCACCCUUCCCGCGUCAAAUCCUACGGCGAGGCCCGUAAAUGGGUUCUGGAUAUUCUCAUCAACCGUCUCGGAUCCGAGUCUCAAUCGCAGUCCAAAGGCAUCAGAGUGGUCGACCAUUUUCAGUACGCCAUGUUUUGCUUGCUGGUUUUGAUGUGCUUUGGGGACAAGUUGAACGAAGAGCAGAUCAAAGAAAUCGAGGGCGUUCAGCGCCGCUUGCUAUUGAGCUUUGGGCGAUUCAACAUCCUCAACUUUUGGCCCAAAUUGACAAAAAUUCUGUUGAAAAAUCGCUGGAACGCGCUAUUUCAGCUCCGUAAGGAACAAGAAGACGUGCUCAUUCCUCUGAUUCGAGCACGACAGAAAGCGAAGAAUGAAAAGCUGAGUAGGAAGGACGACGACAAAGAUGAUGACUUUGUGUUGGCGUACGUUGAUACGUUGUGGGAUCUCCAGAUUUCUGAUGAGAAGGAAAAGAGGAAGCUCUCUGAAGGUGAAAUAGUGAGUCUCUGUUCGGAGUUUCUCAACGCGGGUACUGAUACUACUUCGACUGCGUUGCAGUGGAUCAUGGCCAACAUAGUCAAGUUCCCACAAGUCCAAGACAAGCUCUUUGCAGAGAUUAAAGGGGUGGUGGCAGAAACAGAGGAAGAGGUGAAAGAGGAGGUCUUGCACAAGUUGCCGUAUCUGAAAGCUGUAAUCUUGGAGGGUUUGAGGCGUCACCCGCCGGGGCACUUUGUGCUGCCACACGCCGUGACCCAGGACGUCGUUUUGGAUGGUCAUGUGGUGCCCAAGAACGGUAGUGUCAAUUUCAUGGUGGCUGAUAUGGGGUUGGACCCAGAGGUGUGGGAGGACCCCAUGGCAUUCAAGCCUGAGAGGUUCUUGAGUGGUGGUGAAUGUGGAGGAGCAGAAGGGUUCGAUUUAACAGGGAGCAGAGAGAUUAAGAUGAUGCCGUUUGGGGUGGGGAGGAGAAUUUGUCCUGGCUCUGGUUUGGCAGUGCUUCAUCUGGAGUAUUUCGUGGCCAAUUUGGUCUGGAAAUUUGAGUGGAGAGCUGUGGAGGGAGAUGAUGUUGACCUGUCGGAGAAGCAAGAGUUCACUGUGGUCAUGAAGAAUCCAUUGCAGGCCCAUUUAUCCCCAAGAGUGAAAUAAGUGAGAGAAGGUUUGUUUUGGUCGAUUGUGUGUAAUUAAGGACUUGUUAGGGACUCUUGAAAGUGUUUACCACAUAAAAAAAAAAUCUAUGUGUUCUUACUUAUGCGACUCAGAAAUCACAAUUUGAUCCAUUUCUCGUUGUGUGAAA